CGUUGAAAGCGUAUGUCGCGACAUCGUUAUGCCAGUGCGAGCUCCAUGUGUUGUUCCAUACCCCGACCACAACGUUUACUUCUCUAAAUAAAAAAUAAACCGCAUUUUUACAUAAUGCAAAGAGCCGUUUAAAAGAGUUUACCUUUUUGCGUGCGACUUUUAAAUGGUUUUAUUAUUGUUAAUAAUUUUCGUUUAGGAAAUGACGUUUCUACUAGCGACCAGUCUAAGAAGAUGUCGCUAUUCUAUAUUUCGACAAAGGUUUUCAAGUUUAACAAACCCAAAACCACCGCUCCGGUUCUCGGAAGAAGUAAUGCAAGCGAAAUCUGAAGGAAAAGCAAUCGUAGCUCUAGAAUCUACAAUUAUAACGCAUGGCAUGCCUUACCCGCAAAAUUUAGAAACCGCUCAAGAAGUGGAAAAUAUAAUAAGGAGAAUGGGUGCGGUGCCCGCUACAAUAGCGAUCCUCAAAGGCCAAUUAACAGUAGGUCUGACACAGCACCAGCUUCAGUACCUAGCCAAUGUAAAAGGCGUAGUGAAAGCGUCAAGGAGAGAUCUAGCGCCUGUGAUAGCCAGCAGUCAGGAUGGCGCUACAACCGUUGCAGGAACUAUCAUAGCGUCAGAGCUGGCUGAUAUCGAUGUCUUUGUUACUGGUGGCAUAGGUGGAGUACACCGUGAAGGUGAACUAACAAUGGACGUCUCAGCAGACUUAACUGAAUUGGGUCGCAGUCGCACUUUAGUUGUUUGCAGCGGAGUUAAGUCCAUUCUAGACAUCGGGAGGACACUGGAAUACUUGGAAACUCAUGGUGUAACUGUCUGUGCGUUUGGUGCUACUGAUGACUUUCCGGCGUUCUAUACAACACGGUCUGGCCACCGCCCGCCGCACCGCGCUGCAGACGCACCGCAUGCCGCCCGCAUCUUGCACGCUGCGAGACAACUGCGGCUCCGAUCAGGCGUCGUAGUUGCAGUACCUGUGCCCCAGGAAUAUGCUAUGGAUGAAAAUGUUAUAGAAGAAUCAAUACAGCAGGCUCUGGAGAAUGCGAAGAAGGAAGGAAUCCAAGGUAAAGAAGUUACACCGUACAUACUGGCCGCCGUGGCCAAGGCCACCGGAGGUGCUUCCCUCAGCACAAACAUCGCUCUAAUAAAAAACAACGCAAAAGUGGGCGCCGACAUAGCUGUCGAAUUUCAAAAACUGAAAAAUGUGAGCAACGCACGAAAUUCUUUUAAUACCGGAUCUUCCAGGAAUUUGGGAACGAGACAAUUUCAUACUGCAUGCAAUUUACGCGUUGAAACGUCGGAUCCUGUUGACAAAGUCGGUCCGUUUAUCAAAAACGAGAAUUUGACAAAUCCAGUACUGGUGAUUGGUGGAGCAAACGUUGACAGAACUUACAGAAUUACUGAGGAUUUUGUACAGAUGGACGGCAGUACACAUCCGUGUGUUACCGAGCAGUGUGGGGGCGGUGUAGGGCGCAACAUGGCGGAGGCGCUAUGGCGACUCCGCGGAGGCAAUGCGCGCCUCCUUACUGCUAUCGGUGAUGACUCGGACGGACGAUAUCUGGCUGAUAUAGCACCUGGACUAUUGCUUGACGGGUGUAUUGUGAAAAACGCGCGGACCUCAAUGUACUCAGUGCUCUUCGACUCGAAAGGCGAAUGUCUUUUAGGUCUCGGUGACAUGGAUAUUCAUAAUCAAAUAACAACACAAAUGGUUGACAAACAUAUUGAAACAUUGGAAAAGGCACCUUUAGUUGUGCUGGACGGCAACGUACCUCAAACUACAAUGGACUACGUACUGCAAUUGUGCCAUGAGCUGAACAAACCAGUUUUUUAUGAACCUACUGACAGAAGAAAAGCCGCGAAGGUUCUACAUUCAAAACGCUACCAAAUUGCAUAUUCUUCGCCAAAUAUAAUGGAAUUAAGAACCAUGGCAAAGUUUCUAGAACCAAAUAUUACCAUCAAUGAAGCAUCGGAUAUUAAUGAAAUAAUCAAUCUCUCGAAGAUUGUAACUCCAUUUAUUAAUGUACUGGUUGUAACAAUGGGCAAGAAAGGUGUUAUAACUGUUACCCAUGCUCCUAUACCUCAUAAUACAAGAAAACAAAAAUUGAAUGUACACCAUUAUGCUGUUAAAGAACUACAUAAUGUUGAAAAUGUAUCAGGAGCUGGAGACUGCUUUUCUAGUGGGUAUAUUCAUGGUGUUUUAUCAUGCUUUCAAGAAUCUCAUUGUGUAUCUGUAGGGUUUGAGGCAGCCAAGUCAGCACUAAUGAACAAAACUACUGUGCCCUAUACUUUUCAAAUAUCAGAAAAUUUUUCAGAAUAUUUUAUUAAAACUAACUUUUAUGAGUUAGAGUAUUAAAAAGGCUAGAAUAAAAAUGAUUACUUUUAUUGUAAAAUUUUUAUAAAAAUCUACAUUUAAGGAUAAAAUUAUGUCAUA